AUGCAAACCGCAACCGACGCGCCUGCUCCCGCUACAGAGACGGAAGAAUCACCACGCCCGCUCGCGGAACUCCACCUCUCGACACCUAAAACAAGUUAUGCUGCGAAAGAAGAGAUCCCUCUUGAACUCAAUAUUCAGAACGGUAAAUUUGACCUUCUCGUGCCUUUUUUUAGUGUUGCGACAAAGGGUGCCUUUACGCAGAUAACAGUGACGGACGCGAACGGACAAGUUGUCGAACCGAAGCGCGCGAUUACACAAGAGAAUCCACCGAAAUAUGUAACGCAAGACGGAAAAUCGAUCCGCUGUAUUCACGGGUUUGAGUUCAAAGCGGACUCAAAUCAAGAACUGACAUUGAAAGAUUUGCAGCGAUACUAUCAGUUACAAUCCGGUACUUACACCGCAACGCUUGCGAUUGAGUUGGAGAUUUACCGGGAAUCCAUAAUCGAGCAACACCCAGAAGUGCUUGAAUUGCAACGGGAUCUGACACGAAUUCAGAGCGACCCGAAUCUUCAAACUGCUGCAAAGCAGGACGCGCUCAACUAUUACCAGGAGCAGAUAAAGUUCAUUAAAGAGAGACACAAGGAAGUGGUGAAGGAUGUUUACCUCCCUGUCAAAUCGCGUCGUGGGAAGACAUCACUUGUAUCUAACCAGAUUACACUAAGGAUAGAAUAA